UGUCUGAUGGUUGAGACCAAACAUGGCGCUGGUUUAUGUCAGUCCGAAGUAAAACUUUCCCUGAUGAAAAAGAAACCUCUCAAUCAUCAUAACAUUUCUAGCAUUGUUUUUGUGGGUUCUCAGUCUAUACUCCCAUGUGGAUAUAACUUGGUUCUCCAUUUCGAAUUAUAUUGGACGGCAGACAGAUGUUGACCCUUGUGGAAUACUGAGCUCGAGCGGUGGGCUUUCCUGAAGUUAGCUGUAGCUAACGCUCACGCAAGCAAGUGCCUUUCGUUGUAAUUAUAUCGUUUUCGGUUUAGCCAGUAAGCUUGCUAGUUAGCUCACUGGCUGUUAUUAGCUUGCUAGCUAGGUAGCUCCCGUCAAAAUCGAGAUAGAUCAGACCAGAUUAGUUGUCAACCAUUGGUAAAAUUUACGUCACGGUGGACAUCUCCGACAUUAUCGAUAACGUUAUAUAUGUUUUUGUUUUGAAAUUGAGGUCAGUGCUUCCGUGUUUAUUUUACGUCAUCCACCUCCAAUUAAGUUGGAUGCCCGUCAAUGUGUUCCAUGCCACAAUAUAUUUGAUUUGCUAGCAGCAAUUCUUCUGGCAAAUUAAUGGAUAAGCUUCAGGACCUCAGCCAAUCCGAGUUGCAGGAUUUGCUGGACAACUCGGAACGGGUGGAGUCGAUGGCACUGGAAUCAGAUGAGAUUCAAAACAUCCAGCUGGAGCGGGAGAUGGCCCUGGCCUCCAACCGUAGCCUGGCUGAGAGAAACCUGGACAUGAAGCCGAGGCUAGAACGAGAGAGGGAACGCCUGGUGGAACGUUACUCAGAGCUGGAGGAAGUGCAAGACAGAUACAAGCAGCGGUGUGCUCUUAGAGACAAUGUAAUGGGGCAGGUGUCACCGGAGAUGCUGUUCUCCCGUCUUCAGGCAGAGGGCACUAGCACAGAGGCAGAGUCUGAGACACUAGCAGAAGAGUUUCUGGAAGGUUCUUUGUCUCUGGACUCUUUCCUGGAUCGCUUCCUUUCCCUCCGCUCCCUUGCGCACAAAAGACGAGUACGGAUAGAGAAGCUGCAGGAGAUUUUACGCCAAAAGAGCCAGGCGGUGACAGGUGACAACGCGGCCGCCAUGACGACACCGCCCUGCGCCAACCAGGAUCCAGCGGUGACAUCCUCGCCCUGGCAACCAGGCCAGACGCAGCCGCAGCCACAGAGCGUGGCCAAGUCCAGCGGCAGCUUCUCAAACUCCCCCCAGAAUCCCUCCGGCUCGGCUCUGCCCUACAGCCCCUUCCCCGUGUCUCCCCCAGCCCAGCCCCCAAGCGCUGCCGCAGCAGGCCCCGCUAAUCCCCCAGCUCAGUUUCCACCCUACCCCAGCCCGGGGUCCUCUUUCUCCCCCGCAGCAGGAUAUGCAGCCUCCCGGCCCAGCUUUGGCCCUGGGCCCUGCCCUUACCCCACCCAGCCAGCUUUCUCUGGCCUCCCCGGGCCUCCCUUUGGGCAGUUUGGCCCCAGCCCAGCCCCCUACCCUUCUGCGUAUCCCUACCCAGCGGGCUACAGCUACCCCACUGGGCCCAGCUUGCCGCCCUCCCAGCCAAACGCGGGAAGGCCUGUCUAUCAGUCUGGAUUCAGGGUGCCGCAGUCCUACUCCUGAGUCCCUCUGUCCCUCUCACCUUCCCCUCUCCCUCUGUCUGGCUCUCUCUUUCGGUCACUCCCCAGCCUAUGAUGCUGUCUCUUUCAUCCAUUUGUUUCUCUCACUCUCCUUCUUUCUCUCUCUCUCUCUCUCUCUCUCUCUCUCCCCCCACCCCCCUCUGUCACCUGCGUUCUAUCCCUCUAUCCUCCUCGCCCCCUCUUGUCACGUUUCCUUCGCUCCUGGCAUCAGAUUUGUGGUUUGCCCUACCUACCUGCGUUUCUUCCUCUUCCUGUGUGAAGCUUGAUGGGUGUGCAAGCCUUCGUUCACACUGCACUGUUUUUGCUCUCCUCCUUUCCCUCGCAUUCAAACGGAGGCCCCCCAUGAGGAGUCUAAGGCAACGCAGCCCGGUGAUGGGACAGUCCUCGUCCUCCAGCAGGCUCCAAAGCACUCCUUAUAUCACACACAUCAUCAAGUCGGACUUCUUCACAGGACACACCUUGGAAGCAGUGAUUGCAUUCAAAAAAUUUAAAUGUUUCUUUGUUUACUGUCAGAAAGAGUUCGACUGUUCUGACUUGUUUUUUUUGUUUUGUUUUGUUUUAUAGAUCAGUGUAAUUGUGCAUUAACAUUUAAGUGUUGGGAAUUCAUGACACUACACUGGUAGUAAGUGCAGCAUCAGUGACGGGCUGUGAAAACUCACCACUCCGAUCAACAGUCUAUCCCUCCUUUAUGUGCAAAUGCUAGAUCUGCAGCACCAUGCCCUCUCUAGUCACCUGAUAUCCUAUUGUGACAUCCAGACCAUACGUGGUCCUCAGAAGCUUCCCCAUAACAGAAGUGUGGGGGCUCUACAGUUGUUGUGUUGUCUUGAUCUCAGACUGUCAUCUUGAAUGCCAUAGUUGGCCAUAAUCACAACUCUGGUUGCUUUCAUCUUUUCCUGGUUUACAUUGACGGUACCUCCCUUUCUCCCCCCAUUGUUCCUUCAUCUGUCCUUCUGAUAAACCUCUUCCUCUUCCCAUGUACUGCUUGACAACAUAAAUCAAUGCUUGACAAUGGUGAGAAGACAUAGUUUAUUUCUGUAAGUUCACUACCAUUUGAGAAUAUAUGUGAUUUGUAUGAUAAAUGAAAAUACUACUAACAGGAAUCAUUAAACAAGGGAAGUAUAUAACAUAUCUUAUUCUACUUCUUUAGCACCGAAAGCACACUGAAGGGAACGACAGAUGGGGCCCUAAGGAUGGGUGUAAAAUGUUGGGUGAAGAGGCUACGCAGCACCCCUCUGAUUAUGCAGCAACCAGCACUCGUGUGCUAGGGGUAUGCGAUAUUGAAAAAUAAAUAUCUUGAUAUUUUGAUGUACAACUCAUAUAAGUAUCUUUUUUCAUUAGAGAUAGUGCUUAUCACAUUUGAGAUGUCAGGCAAAUUUGGUGACAUGAAUGCUAUUUUGAAACAAUAAAACACGUUAAGCCUU